AUGUCCAACCCACCUUUGUUUCGUGACCCUUGGGCGAAGAGGGAAGCGUGGCGGAAACACCCUGUAUUCUCGAACCGUGCCAUGUUUUCUAGCAUGUUUCCAGGGCUUGGGAUUGCAUUAGUGGCGUUUACUGCAUAUGUGGUGGUUGAUAAUUUCUACUCCAAAGCGCAGCCAGGGGCACAGCAGAAGCACUGA